UUCAAGCUCAGUAGCGCAGGCACCGCUCUCCACCCGACCCCACCUCGUCGCCACCGUGUCUUGCUGGCCCGCUCAGCGGUGCCCUGAGGGUGGGCUUGCAUCUUGUAAUUUCUAGAGGUUCUGUGGACCGAGCAGACAGAUUUGACUGCCAGGACCCACCAUACUCUGAGGGGACCGCCUCUGCUUCACUGCUCAGCUGGUGAAAAUGCAUGUGCUGAUGACUUCACAGAGGGGUCCAGAGAGUGCGCACAUGAACCACAAGGGCCCAUGCUGCACUGCUCUCUGCUGUAGUAGCUCUUCCCCGCAUGGCAGCAGCCUAAGACCACCCAAGAGUUGUGGAGGGCAGAGCAAGCCAGUUCAGUUCAGCACUGUGGGCUCAUCAUGGGUAGCAGAGCGCCACACUGGCUUGCUGACAUUGCUAUUGUCGCUUCUGUGGUACAUGCCCAUGGCAGGUGGGUUGGAAGUGAAGACUGCAGAGAUACCACAGAUGGUAUCCCUACAUGACAAUGUCACUAUAGUCUGUGAAAUCCCUGGCUCACCCCACCUGAACAUCACGACUGUGGGAAUCAUCUGGUCUUUGAAGAAUGAGUGGCAUGAAGCCGAGGUCCCCAUAUAUGAGUUUUAUGCAAAUCACCUCAAGGCAUUCCGACCUGGAGCCAGUGUGUCAUUGUUGAGGCUAGAACGGGGAGAUGCCUCCCUCCAUCUGCCCAGGAUCGAGCUGAGGGAGGCAGGAGACUACCGAUGCAAGUUGGUGGUCACCCCUGACCAGGCAGAGGGAAUAACCAGGCUAGAUGUCGUGGCUUACCCAGCCAUGGCACUGUUUGUGGAAGCGGAGCGAAAUGGUGAAGGGCAGCGCAUUAUAUGCGAGCUGGAUGGAUUCUACCCAGAAGCCUUUGCCAUCAAGUGGGGGAGAUGUACCCUGAAGGAUCCCCACUUCCGAGUGAUUACUGACGGCAUCGUCACUGGUCCCACGGUGAAGAAUGAGGAUGGCACCUUCAGUGUUACCAGCUCUUUGGCCCUGAAGCCAGCUCUGCAAGACCGUGGGACUAUCUAUCACUGUGUGGUGUCACACAGAUCCUUGCUUGUCCCCAAGAAGCUCAAUCUCACACUGCCCGAGAAAGGGUCUGUGGAGAUAUAUGUUACUAUUGUUUUUCCCAGUGUUCUGCUGGGUUUAGUGCUAGCUUUCUGGCUCUGGAGAUGCUGCUAUGCAGGUGCUGCUACCACUUAGCAGGAACCCUUGAGUGAAAAGGGCACAAAGCCCGUGACUUGGCCUGAAUCUCGCAUCCAUUUCUUCUGUCUUUACUUCAUCCUUCAGUGUCCUUCACAAGUGGACAGCUCCUUGACAUGGGGUCCAGCCGUUUGACAUGCUGUCAGCUAAGAAAAUUUAAGCUGUAAUUUUUAGGAUUGUUUUCUAUGUGAGAUUCUUAAUCAUGAAAACACACAGUAUGGCGAAACCUCCAAUGAAAGCGGUCUGCAAGGGACAUUUCUAGCUCUAAGUGUCUACUAAGAUAAAUAUCUUGACGAUACACCAUAGGGCCUUGGAAAAACAAGCUCAAGCCAAACCUCAAAUCUACAGUUGGAAGGAAUUAAAAUUAAGGCAGAGAUUAAUCAAAUGGAAAUGGAAAAGUAUGUUAAUGACUUCAGAGAGUCCUUUUGUAUCAAAUCCUUACUCAGGCUACUGGCAGAAAGCCAAGCCCCACCUUAAUAAGAUCAGAGAUGAGAAAGGAGCCAUUCAGAAGCUCAGGGAGUCCAGGACAUUCUUUAAAAACAGGCAUUCCGCUAAAUUAGAACAUUUUUAAAGUAUUGGAUGAAUGACUUGGUAUAUAUGGUCUUCCAGAGUUAACCCCAGAUGAGAUAAAUAAUUUAAACACAUCUGUUAGGAGAAGUGAGAUUAUGUAAUGAUAAUGAUAAUAAUAGUAAGAGCAACAAUGUCUUCAAACAAAGUAGUGUUCAUCUCUGUCCAAACCAUACAUGGUUCUCUGGACAGCAGAAAAAUAUACAUGCUUCUAAGAAAUCUGUAGUUCUUGCUAGGUCUCAAAGGUAUGAGUCUAUUCCUUCUGUUUACAGAUACCCGUUAUCUGCUCUUUUUCUACAAUAUGGGUUUUUAAGUAAAUAAAUUUAAACUUCUAUUGCUAGUUUAAACUUAUCUCAAUAGGCUUCCACUUAGCUGGCAGAUGAAUCUAGGCAUGAGUAGCUGACCAAAACCUGCUCUGAAUGACUGUGAGCCCUGGACUUCCUGAAAGCUGAUGUGGACCAGUCCAGCUGAUGUAAACACUCCCUGUUCCUUCAAUGAAGUCUGAUGAGUGCCCCAUUGCCUAAAUGCUCCCCCCUGUGGCUAGCCUUUCAACCUGCUUGGGCCUGGAUAACAACGCCCCAAUGUCAGUUUGAAGCAGUUGUGGAAAGGAACACAUCGUCCCAUACCUACUGACCAAAGUAGGUUGAAAGGCUGAGACAAGGGGGACCUUCCUGGCAUGAGGGACAAGAUAACUACCUAUAGUGUCUGUUAAUACACUAGGUCCAGAGUUGUCAGUUAAUGGAUUUAUUAAUUUAAGUAGUUCCCUGCCUCCUUAAAACCAGGGGCAAGCAGGACCCAAGAUUGGGUCCUGUCUUUGGUGCUUUGAAUAUGAACAGGUCACCCAAAGGAAGUUCUUUACUUCCAACCAUUAUCACCGACCAGAGUAGGACUCAGCCAUCGAUAAAUUUAA